CCGGCCCGCCCGGGAGCCACAGCCACCUAAGCCACCCUCUUCCCCCACCCCUCUGUCGUCCGUGCCCAGGCCCCGCCUCCGCAGGUUAUAUUGGGCCGAGCGGAAGGUGGAGGCCAGACGUAGGGGCUGCGGGCCAGCGUGGAGAUGCUUCUCUGGAGGCCCGGGGCGGAAAGGCGGCUGCGGGAGCCACAGCCUCGGGGACUCGUCUCCGUGGGCGCUCAGGGCUGAAGACACCAGACCCUCCCCAAGGGUGGCACGCACUUCCGUGCCCCGUGGACGCCUGCCCGGGACCUGCGGCGUUCAGUGAAGAAACCCUCCGGGUCAGAGAGCAGAUGCCUACACUUCUUCCCUCCAGCAGGAAAUCCCAAGGCCCUUAUGCCUGGGCAGCAGAAGUUAAAGCCGCACACUUGCACACAUUCACCCUGAAGUCUCUCAUCCUCGAACUGAAGACAGCGCUCACCCAACUCUUGCCUCUUCGCCCCUCUUAGUUCACCCAAUAAGCACACCCCUCCAACGAACCAUUCCGGUGGAAUUGGACUCUUCUACGGAAAGUGACUGUCUCUCACAAGAGGAGGGAGAGCUCUCUGGGAGAGAAAGGCGAGGACUCCCGGACCUGAGGCCGCCCCCCCGCCCCCCCGCACCAGCUUCCCAAGACCGCGCAAAGGAAAAGAGUACGGCGCUGAGCCAGGACAGGGUGCGUGGGCAUGGAGUCGGAGGUGUUCAGCCCCCGUGCGGCUCACGAGAUCAAGCCGGGUAGUGAUCUAGAAGGCACAGGAGGUAGCAACGCGCCCUCUCCGCUGUCCGCAGCCGGCGACGACUCCCUGGGGUCGGACGGGGACUGUGCAGCCAACAGCCCAGCAGCGGUAAGCGGCGGUAAGCGGAAUGCGAGGGGUGCGCCUGCCGCCGAGGAGGAGGGCCCGGUUGCGGCGGGGAUCGUAGAGGAGGGCGCCGCAGGGCCCGGGGCCGAGAGCGCAGGGGUCGGUGAGGGCGGGCGCAGCAAGCCGUACACGCGGCGGCCCAAGCCCCCGUACUCGUACAUCGCGCUUAUAGCCAUGGCCAUCCGCGACUCGGCGGGCGGGCGCCUGACGCUGGCGGAGAUCAACGAGUACCUCAUGGGCAAGUUUCCCUUCUUCCGCGGCAGCUACACGGGCUGGCGCAACUCCGUGCGCCACAACCUUUCGCUCAACGACUGCUUCGUCAAGGUGCUGCGCGACCCCUCGCGGCCUUGGGGCAAGGAUAACUACUGGAUGCUCAACCCCAACAGCGAGUACACCUUCGCCGAUGGUGUCUUCCGUCGCCGCCGCAAGCGCCUCAGCCACCGGGCACCGGUCCCCGCACUCGGGCUGCGGCCGGAGGAGACCACAGCCCCGCCGCCCGCUCCCGCUCCCACGCCCGCGGCCCCGAACUCGCCCGGUGCGCGCUCCUCCGCCCGCCAGGAGGGGCGCGCCAGCCCCACGGGCAAAUUCUCCAGCUCCUUCGCUAUAGACAGCAUCCUCAGCAAGCCCUUCCGCAGCCGCCGCGACGGGGACACGGCCCCCGUGGUGCGGCUGCAGUGGGGCGCUGCGCCCUGCCCGCCGCUAUCCGCGUAUCCCGCGCUCCUCCCCGGCGCGCCUGGCGGGACCCUACUGCCGCUCUGCGCGUACGGAGCGGCUGAGCCUGCGCUGCUGGGCGCGCGCGGAGCCGAGGCGCCGCCGCCCGCGCCGCACCUCCUGCUCGCGCCUUUCUCCUCCUCCGUCCCCGCCAAGCCCUUCCAAGGCCCUGCGGCUGGCGGCGGCAGGGGCGGCGCUCACUUGUACUGCCCCCUGCGGCUGCCCGCGGCCCUGCAGGCGGCCUCCUCCCGCGGCCAGGGCGCGCACCUGCCCUACCCCGUGGAGAAGCUCCUGGCCUGAACUGGCUGGCUGGCUGGCUGGCUGGCUAGCUGAGCCCCGCCGGGGUGGGCACCCUAGGAGACGCCGCUAUCGCACGUUCAGGGCUUUGCACUUUCUGUCCAGAGAAAAGGAGCUUUAAAAGAAAAUUCUCCAUCAAACGUGCCUUACCGCUAAAGGGUUUUUGACAGAAGUGUUUAAACUUAGUCCAGAAUAUUUCCUUCCUCUUUUAUAACUUUACAGAGGACCAAAGCAAUAUUUCAUAGUUGUUUGAGUUUCUUUACCAAGCCUGUCUCUCCCUUCCUUCACCGACUUUUCCUCUCUUCUUACUGCCCAGGCACUCCCUCAUUCCUACCAUUUUUGUUGCACCUUCCAUUGAUUUGUUCCUAACAAAAGAAAAAGAAAAAAGCACAUCAGGGAACCACUCCGUAUGAUAAAUGAUAUGACUACUGCUUGGGGUUUGUUGGGCCCCUGUUCCAUGUGUACGUAUGUGACUGAAUGUGAGAGAGGUGUCUGAAUCUUCAGUCAUUUCUCUGCUAUUGACCAAUGCUUCACUGUGCCAAAAAGAUUAAAAACAUAUAUAUUGUUGGGUUUUAUAAUUAAAUUAUUUAUAUAUUUUUGAAAUCUGGAUUGAGAAAGUUGCAGGCAACAAGCUACAGCUUUAUUCAUGGUUUGGUGAUCACUCACUGUGGUCUCCCUGGGCCAAGCAAUUUCUUUAAAGCAAAAGUUGACCUUAUGUAUGUAAAGUGCCAGGACCACUGCCACGUGAAAGCAAUUGUGAUUUUUAUUUUUGUUAUUUUAUUUGUAUCUGUGUACAUAUUCAUGUAUAAAUUUUAUGAAACCCAGGCAUAGUGCUUAUUUUUAAAUAAAACUCGCAACUGACUUUA